AUUAUUAGGUCACAGCUUUAAUUAUGUUAGUCCACUAUAAUAAUCAUACUCUGUCAUAUAUAAUAUUGCAAUAAACACAUGAUAUUGAUGUUUUUAAAUGUCACACGGUUUAAAUGGUGCUAUAUAUAGAAAUUAUUCAUGACUAAUAUAGAAAUUAUUCAUGACUACCCUACACAUUAUGUUUACAUAUUGCAUACAUCAAUUAAGGUUUAAACUUACAACACUGUUAACCAGUAAGUUAUCAUUAUGGCAACAACAUCACCAAGGCAACAAAGGGAACAGAACUCUGUCUGGCUGUCCAAGAUUGUAAAGGGAGAUAAAACUAUUGAAAACGAGAGAAAUAUAAACUUUUGCAGAUUUUCAUUUCGAGCAUGCAAGUUGAAGAAAAUAUUCAAUCAUUGCACAAAAAAGAUGUAUUUACUGUGCAAGUGUACAUGUGCGUACGAACACGAGUAUUUUAUGUAUGUGAAAGACGAUGGAAGUAUUGACACAGAAAUGUUUGACAAAAUUUUGGCCUCUGUUGCCACUGGCAAGUGUCCUCAUGUUGAACCAUUCAAAUCUACUUCAGAAUCCUCGGUCACGGCAAAACAUGCCUUUGCUGCAGUUGGAAACUCUGAUAUGAUCAUGUCAGAAACUACGUAUGUGCCAACAUCAUGUUUCGGGAUAACACCGUAUCAUGUUGCGACUAUACACAAGCAACAUGGUGCUAUCAAAAAGCUAAGUAACAUUUACAACUUCUGUACACUAAAGUAUCCAACAAGAAUGGAGAAAACCAACGAAGGAAUCAAAUUUGAUUUAAUAGCAACCAAUUCUUUUUAAACUUUGUAUUGAUAGGGAAGAUACUGAAACGCUCAAAACAAUUCUCAGAGGCAUCACAAACGUGUACCAGUACAAUUCACCAAUUCUUUACGCUAUACAUCACGGAAAAACAGAAUCCCUUGAUGUUCUCCUAUCUUCAUACAAUGAAUAUAUGAACAUUUUCCAGAAAAAAGAAAAUGACAAUUUUCAAGGUACAUUUUUUGCUGUUCUAAGCAACAGACCGGAAUCACUCAACAUAAUACUUGACCACCUUGAAAUUCGUAGUGCAUUUACUAUUGAUGAAAAUUUUACCCUGGCUGACCUUGCCCGCUCAUUAGGCCAUUCUAAGUGUCUUGAAAUACUGGAGAAAUGGGAAGACAUGCAAGAAGAUGGCAAUGGAGGCAGACUGAUACACGAACACAGAACGCGGGACAAAAGCGCAGCAGUGUCACCAAUAUGUGCGAUACUUUUCAAACUGAAAUUUCACAAUCUUCACCACUAUAAAACUGAAAGUCUGUGUCAGAUCCUUGAGAAACUAGUGGCAAAUGGUCAUGACAUCAAUCAAAAAAGCGAAUGUGGCAAAACCCCUUUACAUUACGUCUGCCCACAAGAUCCAUUUUUUGACAUAAAAGUACAUUUUACAUUAUUACAACUUGGUGCUGACAUAAACGCUAAAGAUCCAAGUGGUGAAAUAGCUUUGUUUCCAAUUCUUAAUGAGCUAGAAAUCCAACAAUUUUACCAGAGAGACUGUCUCAAAUGGAUCAUCAGAAUGGCUCUGUAUCAUAAUCCGAUCCGAUCUAACAUAAGCCAUUGGGACAUACUGAGAGACCAGAAUCGAUUUAAACGUCUCAACCACAUAUAUGACGGUCUGUGUGAGGAUUUUGUUGAAUGCGGCUUUAUACCCAAAGACUACACUGAAGUUAGAUCUCUACAGAAGAUUUGUCGAGACUCACUCAGACAGCACUUUCCUGGUACCAGCCUUCACAGGUUUAUACAGGAAACAGUUAUGCCUCCAUCUUUCAAAGACUUUAUUUUAAUGAAGAAAAGGUUUGACUGGCAGCCACAUCUAGAUUUCCACCAGUAGGGCAGAACACUACAUAAUUUUUUUAUUGCUCUCCAAUAAAGACAAUACAGCUUAUAUAUUACAACAGUAAGGACAGACAACCUUACUUAUAGAUAGGUUCACAAAUAAAAGCAUAAAUAUAGCAGAACCUACAUUCCUGAUAACAUUUUGUUUUUUAGAAAACAACAUUAUUACAGUUCUACUAUAUGCAAGCAACAUUCAAGUUCUAGACAAGACAGAAAACAUGUUAAGAAGGCAGGAAUUCCCACUUUACACCUCAAUGCAGUGACAAGUUUCACAGAGAUCCAUUGAACUAGGGAGACAAUGUGAUCUAAGUGCAUUUUCAGCUUGGCAGAUAUAAGAUACUUACGGACAAAAUGGAAUGUGGCAUAGAAUGAUAUAAGAGAUGAGGCAUUUAAAGUGGGCAUUUCAUAACAUUUACUUUAAAUAUAGAUGCUCCAAUGAGAUUAUAUAGUGCAUUUCAUAGCAUUUACAUUAAAUACAGAUGCUCCAAUGAGAUUAAAGAGGGCAUUUCAUAGCAUUUACGUUCAAUAUAGAUGCUCCAAUGAGAUUAAAGAGGGCAUUUCAUAGCAUUUACAUUAAAUACAGAUGCUCCAAUGAAAUUAAAGAGUGCAUUUCAUAGCAUUUACAUUAAAUAUAGAUGCUCACAUAACAAUUGUUGAGUUGGAAGCCAUACGCUUAUUAAAACACUCUUGCACUGUUCUUGAAACCAACCAGUACUAAGAAAUGAAUGUUAAGUUACCUGCUCAAGGACACAACAGCUUGCCUGUGACAGAAUUUAAACUCACGCCAGUAAUCCUUAUAUUACUAGUCUGACGCAUUAACCACUUGGCCACAUCAGAGAUUGACAAAAUGUAGAAAAUUUUCUCUGUUAGUAGGGUAGAGAAAACUUUGUUUAUAAAAUAGUAACUUAUGUCCUAUUUUGCUUAAUACAUUCAUAUGGAGUGUAAAUAUUUAUAUAUUUUUCUUAAUUUUGAAUUUUUGAAGAUUAAAUUAACUCAUAUGGAGGUGUGCCACUUAAAACUGAAAAUAACUACGGUAAACAUGCUUAAUAAAUUAGAUAUUA